AAAUGAUUACGGAUUUGUAGUGUAUUCUAACCUUCAAACACGAUGAUUCCGGCUCAGAUAUUUCGCCUGAUUCAUACAAAUGGCCUGCUCUGGCAGGCCACAAACAAAUCUCUGCUAGCUAAGCUGCGCAAGAAGACUGGCUACACAUUUGCAAACUGCAAGAAAGCUCUGGAACUGCACGAGAAUGAUUUGAAUAAGGCUGAGAAGUGGCUGAAAGAACAGGCGCAGCAGUACGGCUGGACCCAGGCAGCCAAGCUGAAAGAUCGCAGCACCAGCCAAGGACUGAUCACAGUGACGGUAGACGGGAAUCAUGCCGCACUAGCCGAGAUUAACUGCGAGACUGACUUCGUCGCGCGGAACAAAAAGUUCCAUAGUCUCGCAGAGACAGUGAUCUCCGCUGUAUUGAACCAUGCAAAAUCCCAGGACGUUCAGAACGAAGUACAACGGACUAUUUUCCAUGCAGACGGUCUCAAAGACCUACCAGCUGCGGACGGAAAGUCCCUGAGCGACCAUUCCGCCUUGACUAUCGGCAACGUAGGCGAGAAUAUCAGUCUGAGACGCGCUCUCGCCAUCAGCGUACGAUCACCGAACGUAACAUUGUUCGGCUGCACACAUCCGGCACCGAUGAACCCCAUACCUACAUCUUUCGGCAAAUACGGCGCCCUUGUAGCCAUCAAGUGCAAGAAAAACGAUAAUAUGCUGGGCACGCAGCUCUGCCAGCAUAUCAUUG